AUGGCUUCUAUAGGUCCGCAAUUGCCACCGCACCUCCAGAAGCGCAAGCGGACUCCCGAAGACGAGACAGAGCUCGGUUCGCAUCCGCCCAAAACAUCCCGCCGAGACCACGACGACGAGAUCGCGUUGGAAAAUGACUCCGGCGACGAUUUUGGGCCAGCCGCGCCGGCCGUACAGAACCCAAAGGAAACAAUGCCAUCAAGAGCCGGCCCAUUAAUCGGCCCCUCGCUACCUCCCACAGUUACGAGCAGCGCGGCCGCACCAGCAGGCAAGAAACGAUCAAUUGGUCCCUCCCUUCCGCCGACAGUGGCGCCAGGCAAUGGCGACGAAAUAUCUCUAGACUCCGACGAUGACACGACCGGGCCAGCAUUACCACCAGCAAAAUCCGGACCCAACCCACCUCCCAAGCGCGUACUCGGCCCAGCACCGCCGCCAGCACCCCUUUCCGAGCGGCCCACGGCCGAUCCAGACGCCAAUUCCUCAGCAGAAGAUGACUCCGAUGACGACUGGGGCCCCGCUCUCCCAGGAGCAUCCACCAGCACCAAAAACACAGCCACCACACUCGGACCAACCCACCCUUCUCUCUCCAAUCCCGAACCGGCCGCAGCCAAACGCGACGACUGGAUGCUGGCACCACCCACCAGCAACGGCCCUCGCGCGCCCGACCCGACCAAGCUCAAAUCACGCAAGUUCGCUAGCGGGCCGCGAGCCGCGACAGACGGCAAACCCGCGGGCGUCAGCUCCAUUUGGACGGAGACACCCGAGGAGAAGGCUCGCCGGCUCGCCAACGCCGUGCUCGGGCGGGAAGACGCGCACAACACACCUCCGGAUGCCACGCGGCGGCCUGAGUCCAACAGUGGUAGCAGUAAACGCGACGGGAGCCGGGCGGACGUGACGCGCAUUAACUCCUACGUCGAGCAAACGCGGGGCAAGAGUCUAGUGGCGGAGCACCAGGCGGCGCGGGCAGCCGGAAAGUCUGCCAGGCUUGUCAAGUCGGGGGAACAUGGCAAGUGGGGAGUCAAAGGCGGUGGUAGUGAGGAGGGGCAGGCGGAGGAGGACGAUGACCCCAGCAAGCGGGCGUUUGACUGGGAGAAGGACAUGAAAGUGGGCGGACAGAUCAGUGGGUCGCAAAAGAGAGAAUUGUUGAACAGGGCGGCGAAUUUUGGGGGGAGAUUUCAGAGCGGGAAGUAUUUGUGA